UUUCGAUGCCCCCAGGGGCUAGUUCAAAAUCUAGACGUUAAUCCGGUUUGCCGUUUGCGUUAUUAAGAGCUUGAAGGCCAUGAAAGCUGGGCCGCUGCAUGGUCGCUGUGGUCGAAAUCUAAAACGCUUUGUGUUACAACGUUUCUCUAUUUGAGUCUGAUAAGAAAACCAAAUAUCUCUUCUCAAUAAAUUAGUUUAUAGAAAAGAGCUGCUUCAACAAAAAUGAAAACACCAUCUCGAAGAAUUCUUCUUGAAUGUUUUCCUCUCUAUUACCCUUUUGGUAACACUGGUGUGCAGGACAUUUUCAAAGACUUCAACUUUGAAAACAUUGGCGAUGAAAUCAAGGUCCUCUUUCUUGGAUGUGGCGACCUGAGGAAUGCACUUCAGGCAACCAGUGUUCAAAACAACAAGCAUUUGCACAUCCAUCUAAAUGACUCGAAUCCAUCUGUUAUGGCUCGCAAUGUUCUGAUACUAAAAAUAAUUUCAGCAGAUGAUUUCGACAUUGAAGAUAAAGAACAUGUUUCUUUUUUGUGGGAUAUUUGGUACAAUGCUGAGUGGCCAGAAACAACUCAAAAGAGAUUCCAAUUGAUUCUUAAUGAAUUACUAAAAAAUAAUUUGCCAGAAAAUGCUGCAUUUCCAAAAAGCACUUACCUGAAAAGCUUGAAAACUGUUUGGUCUGCAUGGAAAUCUAUUUCUUCAAAAACAAAAUCAGAAUCAAAAAUUUUUAUGGAAAAAAUUAGUGAAGAAAGAAUCAAUGUUAUGUUAAAAAGGACAUCAGUCAAUGAAAAAGGAAAAGAAUCAGAAUUGGCUUUUUCGAAAUUCAUCGAUUUGGCUGCUUUUUAUUUGGCAUCAAAAAUUGAAGACCUGGAUGAUUCCAAAAGAAAACAGGUGCAAGAAGAAGCUCGAUUAUAUUUCUUCAAAGGAAACUGUCGACUGGGAAAUGGAAGCAUCAAUGUGUGCGUCAACCCAACUAUGCUAGAUGCAGAAACUCAUCGUUGGCAAGUUCACUACCAGUUGUGUCCUUUCGAUGGCUAUCUACCAUUGACUCGGGGGAAAGAGAUGGAUACGUCGAAUGAAAAUGAAAUGCUUAUCCGAACUUGUCAGAAAAUUCUCCAAACUCUUGUUGCUAAUUAUCGAAGACGCAUGAAAACGGUGAAAAUAUUUUUCCACGUGGACGACGCCUUGGAGUUUUGCCUCAGCAACGUAAAAUUGUCCUUUGACGUGAUAGAUUGUUCCAACUUGGCGGAUCACGUUGGUUUAAUUAACCUUAUUAAUGCCUGUGAAAGAAGACUGGCGAAAACUCCCGAAGCAAUGUUAUUUACCGAGACCAUGACCUGGACCACACUGGCACCUUCUGUUGUCAAUUACAUUGAAAAAGCUCUCUGUUGCCCGCUGAGCAUGAUUCCAACUAUUUAUGGGUUGAGACUGGCCAAUCACGUUAAACUGGGAUCCAGUGAGCCUGCGAACUUGCGCCUUUUUGUGGGGUACCCAGUAAGGCUUUGUUGGCAAAAGGCAUUGCCGUUUGGAAACUUAUCUCUGGACCCUUCUCUCUCGUUGACUCAUUACCUUGAUCAACUUGCUAAAAAAUGUUUCCUGGUUACAAGCCCGCAACUUUCCAAAGUCGGGGAACACUUGGAAAGAUGCGGAAUGUUAUGCUACACUCCCCUUACAUUCAACUACGUAGUGAAUUCAGUAAUCCAGCGUCUUGGAGAUGGAUGUUUUUUGAAAAGUGCUGGUCAACCAACUUCAUUUAAACUGGCUCAACGAACAUUGGAAGCAUGGGAGAAAAAUCAAAGAGUCUUAAAAAUGUCAUCUGAUUUCAACUUUAAUGAGAUGUACAACAUGCUGGGUUUGAUUUAUGGAUUCAUAAGCACUCCCGUGCUCCGGCUUGUUCUUUAUCCCCUAAAUAAAUUCAACUACUGUUCUCUCCAAAUGCCAAGCCAACAAAAGGGGAAGUACACAACCUUUCAAGACUUAUCCGUACCAGACGUCCACAUCAUCGACAACUUUCAACUUCAAAUUAAAUAUUCGUCUGACGGUGAAAUUGAAUCCUCAAUUAUUUCAUUUCUACUGCCUCCGGAUCAUGGCCUUGAAAAUACUCAUGGCGCCUUCGUCUUGGAUCUGACUUCAGAGUUAGCAAUUUUUAGCCUCGAAUUGAUGUCAACGAUGCAUGCGGAAGAUUUUCGCCAGUCAUAUCCGCAUUAUCAAGGAUUUCCACUUCCGGUUGACACGAAUGGUUCGCAAAUGAGAAUCAAAAGCUGCAAUGAAGACCAGUACCAAUAUACCUUGCAAAUAACGGUUGAAUGCGCUGAAACUAUUUCAGGUUUAAAAGUGACAACAAGUCAAUGUCUACCCUGCGAGUCAGCCCACGGAGUAACUGUUUCAUUGGGACAGCCCAAUAGAAUCAAGCCGUUGACAUUAUCUUUUCCUCAUCCCAUCGGGGUCAACGAAAUUAGUGCUACUCUUCACCGCAAAGAUCGAGUGAUUGAUUUAGUUUUGAAAAAGGCGCUCCUUGAACCCUGGCCUUGUGAAUUCCAAACAAAGCAGUCUAAAUGGGUUGUAGAUAACUUUAAACCGUGGAAUGAUGGAAAUGAAGUCAGCUCUAUGGGGAUUCAUCUUAACACUCAAUUUAGGUUGAGUAUGCUUACGAAUCCUUCCUUGUUAGAUAGAUCUGAUUUAAACCAAAUCCGAGAACUUAUAAAAUCACUCUUUGUCAACGCCACCAUAUGAAGUAGUGAUAUAACAGAAUUUUCAGUAUCCGCUUCAGAGGCUCAACUAUUGCGGUAUGUCCUGCGACUGAAUUCGAUGAAGAUUUUACCUAGCAUCUGGCAGAAAAACAAUCUCCCCCAAGACGAAAACAGUCCGUGGCUGGCUACAUUUGUUUCACCACUUUACGAUGACUGCCCCAUGAACAAACAAACUUACAAAGAUGACAACUUUACUUUAUCAUCGACCCGAGAAAUUAAACAAGAUUGCUGUGCCUCGUGUAAAAGAAUUGCCAUCAAUCUUAAGCGCUGUGGCAGGUGCCGAACCGUCGUCUAUUGCAGCGUCGAGUGUCAACGUUCAAAUUGGGCUCAACACAAAAAAGUCUGUGCUUACGUUGAAAAGUAAUCGCGGCUAUCGAAUAUUUGCUGUUGUUUCCUCCAAAUUCCUUUUUUUUUUUCCUUACGAAUAUUUGCUUUUGUUUCAUUUAUAUUCGUUUUUUCCUUGUUUAUUUUCAGUUCAAUUAUCAAUUAAUGACAGAUUAACCAAUGCUACUGAAAUAACUGAGACAUUUGGCUCUUCUUAAGGCAUCAUUUCUGCAUAAAAAAUUUGGUUUCACAUUCACUAGAAAGAAAACUCGUGCUGUACCCCGUACUUUGAGCGUAAAGGGCGAAAGCAUUAUUCAAUACAUAAUUAACCAAG